AUGAACAGCAGCAAAUACUCGUCUCAUCGCCCCUCGGGGCGCGAGCACAUGCCUCUCUAUCCCAGAGGUUUCAUCGCCUUGCGCGUCGUCCAGCUCAUCCUCGCGCUGGUCAUCCUGGGUCUCUGCGCAUAUUCGCUCACCCUUAUCAGCUUCUCUGGGAAUGCCUUGAGUUUGUUUGCCGCUGUAGCAACUCUUAUCAUCACAGUCUACUGUAUUGUUGCCCAUUUUGGUCCAGCUGUCACCUACAAUUACUGGGCUAUUCUGGCCUUGGACAUUUUCGGGAUCGUUUUCUGGAUUGCCUCCUUUGCCCUGCUCGCUUCCCAGGUAGCCCCUUGGAUGGACGGAGUCACGAUUUGCGACUACGACUAUGAUUGUGCCACGUAUGCUCUCGUGGGAACUGAACUGAUUGUUGCGGCGUGUUUAUGUGCUGCAGCUGGGCUAGGUGGUGUAGAAUUCAUCCUCUUCAUCGUUUCCUUGGCCAUACACUCCGUCAUGAUGCACCGACACCGCUCAGCCGGUCUUCACAACAGGCCAGUCUCGCCCCAAUUCGGCACCCAGGGCGCGUUCCCAACAGCCGGUCCUGUCCAGGCCGAGAAGGCCCAGCCGGUGCACAACGUCUUUCCCCAGCCGCAGUAUGCCGGCUCCCACCAUACGGCCGUAGCCACACCAAGCCCAGUGCAGGGACAGCAGAUGUACCAGCCUCCGCCGGUCCCGAGCCCCAGCGCCGUGGCUCAGCCGAAUCCUUACAACCCUCAGCAGCAGCAGGGUCUGAUCCAGCCGCAGCAUACGGGAGCCAAUUUCGGAGCGGGACAAGUUCCGGGUCCGCAUGUUGGUAGUUAUGAAGCACAGGGCCAACCUGUCAGUCACCAACAGCAGUAUCAUCCAACGUUGGGCCCGAAUUAG